CCGAAUACGCCCCUGUUACCCGCAUCAAUAAGACAACAAAAGAUUACAAACAUGUUUACAAUUAAUAUAAAAAUGGUUAAUUUAUUUCGGUCAAACACGUAGUUGAGAAAUUUAUAUAACCGCGCAGAGGAAAUCUUCUCAAAAUACAAGUUCUCUGUAACCGUUUAAAUAAGUCGGCGAUCAAUUUUCGGUUUACAAAAAUGUAUAGAAUUAUGCUUGCUGUUUGUGCGCUGUUACAAGUGGUCAGUGCUUUUCCCCCUAGACAUAUCAAGGGGAUCCAAAUUAAAAACACUGGACUUGAAGGACUUUGGAUAGAGAUGACGAAUGAAGACAGCUUUGCUCUUCCACCAGGACAAAUGGCUUCUGUGAUCCUUGAAGAUACUUGGUCGGGAAAAAUAUUUGCAAGAUCCGAGGACUGUCAAUACAAGAAAUGUAAUUCUCCUUACACAGUGGCCGAGCUCAAUUUCGGCGGCGAUUCAAAGGAAGACAAAUAUCGUGUUUCUGUAGCAAAUGGUUACAAUAAACCAAUUAAGAUUCAACCGACCGGUUUGAACAGCUUCUGCAAAAUAUCAACAUGUAAUUUCAAAUUAAAAGAAAAUUGUCCAAAAACUCAUCAAGUCACGAGUGAAGACAAUGACAAUAUCGUAUCGUGUAAAGCGAUACCAGAAGUUUUUGAAAAGUUAUGUCCACAAGCUACAGAAUUGUUCUCUUGUAAAACUUCAAAUACGUAUUUUGUAGCCAUCGGAUAAAAAUUGUAAAACGCUUUUUAUAUGUGUUUGUUUUAUUUGACAAUAUGUUCAGGAUUGUGAGGUUCAGAUACGAUAGCUUAUUGUAAAUAGUACAUAUCCAAUAGAAAGUGAAAGCUCUCGUCAUAUAAACCAUCAAACAAUAAAUAAAUAAUCCGAUAUUUGCUUAUGAACUGAUUCAUGAAAAAUUCUUAUAAGUUUCUGCAUUUUCUUAAUUUUAUUUUUUGUUAUCAUAAUCAACGAAACUAGAAAUUAUAAAAAUUAUUUUUGUUCUGUAUACUAAAGUAUUUAUGAGGAAUGAAAUGUUUUGUAUAAGUAGGAAACCACAAUUCACAGUAUUUUGUACUAAAUUCAAUCAACAUACAAACUUGGAAAACUGCGUGAUACCUAAACGGAGAUGUUAUAACGGACAAAGUUGUAAAUCAUGACGUUCUUAUGCAUAUUCUUCAAGCUAGCUUACUCCUACUUUGCUUUCAAAUUUGAGUAGCACUGAUUUUCAAUCACCUCCAUUUAUAUACUGAACGUAUAUUUAUUUAGAAAAUAAACGUAAUUCGUUUCCCAGAGGAUUGAAACCUUUAAAUUAUGUUCAAAACUGUACACACGUCGGUUUGCUAAUUUAUUAUAAAUUUAUGUAGUAUUGUGUUUUAAUAUAUUGGCUAGCCAGUGAAAAUAUUAAUUGCGAGCCGCAUGCGGUCCGUAGGCAGCGAGUUUGACAGUCCUGGUUUUGAGCAUUGAUGAAGUGGCUUUGUUGAAAGUAGUUUCGUACUGUAGUUAAUAAGAAGGUUAUUUUUUCUCUUUGUAUAUAUUUUAAUGAAUUAUCAAUUUAUAUCGCUUUUACAGUUAAUGAAGCAAUCCUGAACACAUUCGAAGUAAAUAUAAAUAGUUAUUAUUUGUUUAAAUUAUUUUUUUAUCCAGUUAGUAAUAGGACUCUUAUUUUAAACUAGUAUCAGUAUUUUGUAAUAGUAUAAAAUGAAAAAGCCCAUCUAUAUUUAAAUCGUAAUCAUAUGUAAAUUUCAGCACUAUUCCUAGAAAAUUAAUCAAUGAUUUUAUCCUACGAAUACAUAGAUGUGCAGUAUUCUAGUUUAUUUAUAGCUUUCAUAAUAAAAUAAACAUUGAAUAAUA